AUAAAAGUAACACAAAAGAUUAUUGUAGAGGAAGAAAAUAACAGGCAAUCUCUCUCUCUCUCUCCCAUUCUCUCUCUCUCUCUUGAUCUCUGAUGUGAUCAGAAACAGCUAUCUUUGGAUCAAACCAGCACGCCGUCGAAUAAGCGGUCGUGGUCCCCCGAAUUCAAGCGCUGGUAUCCGUCCUCAACCGCCGUAGAUGAAAGGCGAGGAUGGCAUGCUGAUAUAUGUUCUGUGCUGUUCGUCUGGAUAAAAAGAUUUCCGUGUCACGACAUUGGAAUGCUACGGGAGUAAUGAAGUUCAAAGAAGGUGAUUGGGUGGAGGUCUUCAGAAGAAAUGAGGAGCCAUAUGGCUCCUGGUUCCCUUCAAAAGUUCUAUCGGUUGAUGUUGAUAAGUGUGCUGUAAGAUGUGAGCUAUCUGCAACUCCAGAUGGAAGGCCCAUAAUAGAAAAGGUGCAUGAAAGAGAUGUCAGGCCUUGCCCUCCCCAUGCUCCUGGCACGGAGCAUUGGAUGGUUGGCGACAUUGUUGAGGUGUUUGAUGCACAUUCUUGGAGGGUGGGAAAGAUUGCUAAGGUCCUCAGUGAUGAUUAUGUUGUGACCAAAAUCUUUGGUUCGAUCCAGCUUAAAGAGUUCCAUGUAUCUAAUCUGAGGUCUCGACGAGCUUGGCAGAACAACCACUGGGUUAUGAUCAACAAGAGAACUCUGCAGGGGCAUCUCAAACCCCAGCAUGUCUCAAUUCAUGAUGAUGAGAUAAGAGGCACCGGCAAGAAAAGGAAGGCUAGUUCAAAAAAUGAAGUUUAUAACCUGCUUGACAGAAGAACACUGCAACGAAAAUUAGAUGGUGUUACAUUCUCAAAAUCUACAGUUCGUGAAAAUGCUACACUCCUUAAAUCUGCUAGAGACAGAAUAAAUAUGUAUACUCAGAUGGAAGCUGAUAAGGUGUCAUCAGAUGUGCAUUUCAGAAAUUCAUCUGCAGUACCUACAAAGGUUACUGAAGAGAUUGCUGAAUGCUCUGUUGCUAGUUGUAGUGGUAAUGAUAUAAUAGAAACCGCUAAUCAAAAUAGUAGAAGACAUACCAAGGAUAUUGCCAGAAAUACUUUUGAUCAUGUCAUGUCUUUGUGCCCACAUGAAGGUGGGAGAGAGAGCCAAAGGAUUUCUGGAGACAAGUUAGCUGCCAGUAUUCACGAAUUAGAGCUACAUGCAUAUCAAUCUACCAUGCAAGCGUUAUAUGCAUCCGGUCCUUUGAGUUGGGAACAGGAGUCACUUCUAACAAAUCUUCGUCUCUCACUAAAUAUUUCUAACGAAGAGCAUUUACUUCACUUGAGGCAGCUAUUAUCUACUGAAGUUCUUUGAGCCCUAACUACUUACCGUCAUACUGCUACAAGGUUGAACAAUGUUAGAUGCACAGUUUCUAUGAUCUUUGUCACCAAGGUUGGACUGCUCUGAGGGAGUCAUGAUUAGGAAAUGGUACAGAUUGUUCUAUGACUUGCCAUGCCGGUGUUAUUCAUUUUAAUAUAUGACACUGACUGACAUCAAUUUUACAAAGCUUCAAAACACAUCAGAUUUGACAGUGUGGUAUGCAAAUUUAACCUCUUACAGAAUAUGCAGUCUUCUUGGUCAUUAUUAUGCAUUUUAUGCUUUUUGAUAAUUAUAUUAUCUAAGUUUAUAAAACAUAUUUUCAUGCAUAAAACAGUUAAUGCCCUGCUUUCUUAAGCUCUACCAUGUCAGCCAGCUAGUGGUAGGUCUCUGUGUCAUGCCUUCAUAUUUUCUUACUGAUACAAAUGCAUUUGUCAUCUUGAGGUUAUAUUUAACUAGUUACUGAUACAAAAAAAUGAUCACCUUCAUGUUGGGUAUCAUGUGGUUUCAGUUUAGGAGAAAAAAGAAGGUAACUAUUUCAUUUCUGCCACAUAGUAAAAGAGGAGAGGAGAAGAAGAAGAAAAGAGAGGCUUAUUCUGGAUCAUCUUUUUGCAUGCACACAAUAAAGGAAGAGCAAAAAGAAGAAGCUCAUUCUGGGAUAUUGUUAGAUUAUCUGAUUGGACAAUGAGUUUUAGGUCUCUCUCUCUGAUGGACACUGAUACAUCUCUUUGAUUCACUCCAA